AUGCACUUGAUCCGGUCCAUAAGCUUCUCAAACAGCACUCGCACCGCAUCGUUCCACCUCACUGGGAGCACCAAACAGCACCGCAUCGUUCCACCUCACUGGGAGCACCAAACAGCACCGCAUCGUUCCACCUCACUGGGAGCACCAAACAGCACCGCAUCGUUCCACCUCACUGGGAGCACCAAACAGCACCGCAUCGUUCCACCUCACUGGGAGCACCAAACAGCACCGCAUCGUUCCACCUCACUGGGAGCACCAAACAGCACCGCAUCGUUCCACCUCACUGGGAGCACCAAACAGCACCGCAUCGUUCCACCUCACUGGGAGCACCAAACAGCACCGCAUCGUUCCACCUCACUGGGAGCACCAAACAGCACCGCAAAGUUCCACCUCACUGGGAGCACCAAACAGCACCGCAUCGUUCCACCUCACUGGGAGCACCAAACAGCACCGCAUCGUUCCACCUCACUGGGAGCACCAAACAGCACCGCAUCGUUCCACCUCACUGGGAGCACCAAACAGCACCGCAUCGUUCCACCUCACUGGGAGCACCAAACAGCACCGCAUCGUUCCACCUCACUGGGAGCACCAAACAGCACCGCAUCGUUCCACCUCACUGGGAGCACCAAACAGCACCGCAUCGUUCCACCUCACUGGGAGCACCAAACAGCACCGCAUCGUUCCACCUCACUGGGAGCACCAAACAGCACCGCAUCGUUCCACCUCACUGGGAGCACCAAACAGCACCGCAUCGUUCCACCUCACUGGGAGCACCAAACAGCACCGCAUCGUUCCACCUCACUGGGAGCACCAAACAGCACCGCAUCGUUCCACCUCACUGGGAGCACCAAACAGCACCGCAUCGUUCCACCUCACUGGGAGCACCAAACAGCACCGCAUCGUUCCACCUCACUGGGAGCACCAAACAGCACCGCAUCGUUCCACCUCACUGGGAGCACCAAACAGCACCGCAUCGUUCCACCUCACUGGGAGCACCAAACAGCACCGCAUCGUUCCACCUCACUGGGAGCACCAAACAGCACCGCAUCGUUCCACCUCACUGGGAGCACCAAACAGCACCGCAUCGUUCCACCUCACUGGGAGCACCAAACAGCACCGCAUCGUUCCACCUCACUGGGAGCACCAAACAGCACCGCAUCGUUCCACCUCACUGGGAGCACCAAACAGCACCGCAUCGUUCCACCUCACUGGGAGCACCAAACAGCACCGCAUCGUUCCACCUCACUGGGAGCACCAAACAGCACCGCAUCGUUCCACCUCACUGGGAGCACCAAACAGCACCGCAUCGUUCCACCUCACUGGGAGCACGUCGUCGCGAUUUGCACGGACGGCGGCAGCAACUACGUGUCCGCCGGCAAGCUUCUGCAGAAGAAGUACCCACACUUGGAGUUCGUCCCCUGCGCCACUCACGUGCUCGACCUGCUGCUGGAGGACUUCGGCGGCAUGGAUUGGGCGCAGGAGGUCGUGUCAGUAACCACCGACAUGAUCGCGUUCCUGCGCAGCCACACGUGGACGCGUGCCUUCCUCCGGUGUCCCGAGCUGCACGGCGAGAAGAAGUCGCUGCAGCCGCUGCGACCGGCGGGCACACGCUUUAGGACGCAGUACAUCGCGGUUUCACGGCUGCGUGAGAUGCGCCAGCACCUGGUGAACAUGGUGACGCACAAGGACUGGGCCGAGAAGGGGAGGAAGCAGCAGACUGGAACAACUUUUGAGAAGGCGGUGAUGGACGUGGAGUGGUGGGGCAAGGUGGACACCUUCGUCAAGGUGAUGGAGCUGCCGUACAAGUUGAUGCGGAAGACGGAUGGGCCAGCGAAGGGGAUGAUGGGGGCAUUGUACGACUUGAUGCUGCAGCUGACGGUGGACCUGACGGAGCUGUUGGAGAGGGCUGAUUGUAAGCUUGAGGAGUCGGAUAAGGAGGCGUUGCUGGAGCAUUUGCGGAGGCGAUGGGAUGAGAGUUUGGCCUGCCCUCUUCACGUGGUAGGCCGGAUUCUUAACCCGGUCAACCAGGAGGAGGGGAUCUACCUUAAGGACAGAGAGUGCACCCGGGUGAUGAAGCAAUGGCUUCAGCGCUCGAUGGCCUUCGUCGACAAGGGGGGGUUCGGGUCGGAGGAGGCGGAAGCGGGCCGUGCGCAGCUGAAGGAGGGGAAGGGGGACAUGGCGGCGUGGUGGAAGGUGAAUGGCUGGGAGUACCCCGAACUGGCAGGCCUAGCGCGCCGUGCGGUGUCACAUGCCAUUUCCGCCUCUCCAUGCGAGCGGGGAUGGUCCACGUGGGAUGGGGUGCACACGGCGCGCAGGAACAGGCUCGGGUCGGAGAAGGUGCGCGACUUGGUGUUCGUGGCGCACAACUGGCCGGUUGUGCACGGCCACCACCAGGGCGCAGCUGGUGGAGCAGGGCCAAUUGAGGACGGGGAGAGGGAGGUGGACGAGGACGACCCGUGCGUCGACGAGUACAACGAGCAGGAAGCAAUGGACAAGGACGAGGGGGAGAAGGAGAGCGAGGGGGAUGGAGGGGAUGUGUGA